AUGCAUAAUAACUCCAAGCUAAACUCUUUUCUUUUACAGAUAGCAGAGGCCUUUAUGCAUGCGGAGGACUAUGAGAGAGCGGUGCGCUUCAUUCAGCUGGAGAGACUCUAUCACGAGCGUCUGCUGUUCAACCUCAGUGCUCUGCAGAUGCAGUGGGAGAAGAGGUUGGGUUUGGUUGGCCGGUGUCAGGAUGGUGGAGGAGUGCAAGAGCAAGAUCUGGAUGCUGAACAUCUGGAGAAACUGAGACACAUCUGCAGAACACACAGACAACCUGCGUGGAGCAUUGAACAGAGUGAAGCGUCCAAAGUGCAAAAGAACAGCGUGAUCAGAGGAGAGCAAAACCUGAACACGCGCGUGCUUUCAUGCAGCUCAGGUGAGUUUAUUUUCCUACUAACUGAACUAAAGACUGAACUACUAGAUAGAAUUAGGCUGAAGUUAGAGAUUGAUAGCGUUCCCUCAGCCUGCUGGUUCAUGCAGAACUCUGGUCCAAAAGUUCAUCCUAAUAUCAUGUCCUCUGAUGAGAUCCGUGGCCCCACAGAGAGCAGACGACAGUCAGUCAUCAGUGAGUACUGCAUUAUUGAUCGGCAGGCCUUCAGACGGCAGAGUCUCGCUCUAUCGAUAGUGAUUGAUCGUCUGCCAUUGAUCCGCUGUGUUGAACAUGAUGGCCUGAUGGUCAUUCAACUUAAAGGAAUCAGACUGAGUGCUGCAG